UUUUUAACCAAUACUAAUAAUUUCAGAGUACUAAAAUGCGCACCCAUCGAUGUAAUGACCUAAACCAAAACAAUAAAUAGCUAGCAGUAACACGUUGGUUCGUUUCUGCAGAAAUGGGGAAUAACAGACAAAGGAGAUUCAGAACUCAUCGCGCACAAUCAAGUCGACACCACCACCAACAACUCUUACUAGAGGACGAUUCUCAAAGCUCUCUUCCAGCAGAAAAUGGUGAGGGCGAGGAAGAGGAGGAGGAGCUCACGGAACCUAAAAUAAAGCUUGCUAUGUGGGAUUUUGGGCAAUGCGAUGCCAAAAAGUGCACUGGACGCAAGCUUUCAAGAUUGGGCAUGCUAAAAGAGUUACGUGUGAGUAAUGGUUUUGGGGGCAUUGUUUUAAGUCCGGCUGGAAAUCAAUGUGUCUCAAGAGAAGAUUACUCUUUAAUCCAGAAGAAAGGAUUGGCUGUUGUGGAUUGUUCAUGGGCACGCUUAGAUGACGUGCCUUUCGUAAGGCUGCGCUGUACUGCUCCUCGCCUCUUGCCAUGGCUUGUAGCAGCAAAUCCAGUAAAUUAUGGUCGGCCAUGUCAGCUAUCUUGUGUAGAGGCUUUAUCUGCUGCUUUGACAAUAUGUGGGGAAGAAAAAACUGCAAAUUUGUUGCUUGACAAGUUCAAAUGGGGCCAUGCUUUUAUGUCUCUGAAUGGGGAAUUACUGAGGGCCUACUCCAAAUGCCAAAAUAGUGCUGAAAUUAUAUCUGUUCAAAAUGCUUGGCUGUCACAAGAGAGUCAGAUUCUAAGGGCUCCUACUGACAGUGAAGUUACGACACCUGAAAGUGAGGAUAAAAUCCAGAACUCUUCCGAUUCUGAAGAUGGGCUUCCACCUCUUGAAAAGAACAUGAAUCAUUUGAGCAUAGUCAACAGUGAUGAAGAGAGUGAAUAGAUUCAUUUUACAUCUUUAAGGCUGCGGUACUGGAAGUGAUUUGAAGAUGUGUGCAAUGCAGAAUCGCUUAGUGGCAAAUCGUUUUGGUUAACAAAAUAUAUGCGUUGUUGCCUGGGUGGGGCAUAGUUCCCUGUCCUUUUUUAUCUCUAAAUUGAAAUAAGGAAAUAUGAUCGAGUGUCACUUAGUUGUAUUUGGAAUAGAGAGAUUUAGCUUGUGAUCAAUAGUUAUAUGGCGUCAAUGGCGAUCUUUUAUUUUAAUGGUGAAA